CGUCGAAGUCGGUUUCUCGAUUUUAAAGGCCGCAUCGGCUGGCGCAACCACGCAACCCGACACAACACCACCCGGUUGCCAGCCAUGGCAUCACGACAAAUCGCCCUGGCAUGGGCGAGCUUCAACAUAGCUGCGCUGUUUGGUAGCAUGGUUUGGGCACAAGAAGAUCCGAUCGGGCCUUCAAUUCCCUUGGAGUACUGCGCUACCGUCAACACGGGUGACAUGGUUCCUCUUUACUACAAUUGGCAAAGCGAAGGCCGCUGCUUCGGUAACUGCACCGACUUGAAAUACGCCUUUGGCAUCAUCCAGAACAAGAAUUGCUGGUGCUCCAACCUCAUUCCCCACCGCGAUGACCGAAAACCGCUCGAGGACUGUGAAGACCCGUGCCCGGGCUUCCCUACCGAUUUUUGCGGCGGCGAUGGAGUUUUCGCCUACUUGGAAGCCGCCGGAGCCACCCCGACGGGGACGGCGCCGCCUGGAGGUACCGCCACUAAAUCACCAUCCAGUACCACAACAAGCGAGAGUGUGUCGAAACCUCCAGCCGUGACGACCAUCACCGUGGGCGGAAACGUUAGGACCGUGACCGCCCCCUCUGAGCCAACCGCCACCGACGACUCAAGCGUAGUCGACAACCCAGGCUCCAGCCUCCAACCAGGCGCCAUUGCCGGCAUUGUCAUCGGCGUCAUUGGCGGCUUGGCCGUAAUAGCACUCGCUAUAUGGUUUUGCUUCUUUAAGCGGCGGAGAGAGAACGAAGAAGCCAACGGCCUCGGGUCGCCAAUGAGGGGCGGCGGCUCGCCGGGUAGAAUGGCGACGCCCAAGUCAGGCGAAGUCUCGGAAAACCGGUUUGCCGGCACGCCCGGUGGUUCGGUGGCAGCGACGUGGGACUCGCAGAACAAGAGACGCAGCCACCUCAUGCCCGUCGACCCCCGACUCGAUCCGUUUGCGACGGGCAUUUACCCCGAUCAGAACAGGAGCCGCGAGAGCUUCAACUCGCUGCAGGAUAAUCAGGACUAUUCCCGGAGAGUGCACCAGCCGCCGAGAGUCCUCAGGGCCAUGAAUCCGGAUCCCGACGACUGAAAACCGCGUCUUUCGAUUGAGUUUGGACUUUGAACCAAGUUUCUCACAACGAUACAUCGACUCCCGCUUUCCCUCUCUCUUACAACAUGCAUUUAUCUACAUCAUGCGAACUUGGUUUUUGUGUUUUCUUUUUUACAUAUGCAUUCGAGAUACCACGGCGUUUAGGUUAUGGGCA